AUGCUUCCGCCAGAGCCUCAAAGGAGCCGUGCAUCGGAGCUGAAGGCGGAGCUCCGAAUUCCAAAAGCCAAGGAUCAACGAACAGAUCAAACCGAAUCGAAAGAUGCGCAGCUGGCACUGGAAGCGCUUUUGAGCGCUCGAAAGCUGAGAAAGCAAAGUGAAGCAGAUCGACAACGGCUUCUCCGCCAACGUCAAAGAUGGGAUAAAGUCUGUGAAAAUGCUUUGAACGGCGUGAACGGCGCGAAGUCAACUGACCAAACCGAAAGCGAGCCCCGAGCCGAAAUUCCUCUUGGAGUGACCGGAGCCACAACGUUUUGGCAGCGCCAUGCUUUCGGGCGGCUGUCUCGAAGGACCACGCCUUGCACUGUCAACAUCAACACUGUCAGUGCCAUGCUUUCCUAUCCAGAGCAUCCAGCUGCUCAGGGAACUCAGAGAACGCAGGGAACUCGACCUGGAGAGAAAUCUUGCAGAGAGAUGUUUCGAAGGGCGCCUGCCCAUACGACUGAUGCGGUGAAAGCUGUACUGGCUGAGAAGACACCGAAGGCAGCACAGUUGCUGAAUGAACAAGCAGAGAUGCUGCAGGACUUUGUCGAGAUGGAGGGUUCUUUUGAUUGGUCUAGUCCAUAUGCGUUGGCAUACAACAGUGCCUCUGCAGAAGUUUCACGGCAAGAAAAAUGGGAGCAGCAAAGACGUCUACCCCAACGACUGGCACGGGAGAGGACCGAGAGGACUGAAAUCACUUAUGGCUAUGACGAAGAAGAUGUGAAGUUAAUGAAAGCAUCACAACGACUCAAUCAUGAAGCUGGAGGAGGGUUUGUCAUUGCACGGCGCAUCCUUGCUUUGAAGGAGCAAGGUGCGACUUGGCAGGAGUUUCUUCUAUUAGCUCCCAGAGCACAAACAACUUCCUUUGAGAUUCCUAAGGAAUUGGCUUUGCAGCUGGCGGUAGCAUUUGCAGAAAUCUCUCAAGUUGCAUCCUCCGAUAGCUCAGCUGAGAAAGACAGAUCUGAAGGAUCUGAAAGCUCAAGAGCUACGAGGGACACUGAACUUUUACGGAUUACGGCGAUGUCAAUGAUGUCAUCUGCAGCUGCAAGAGCUCGAGAUGCCGACAGCUGUGAAUUUCCUUUGGAAGGUCUGGAGGCGAUUGCGCGGAGCGGCUUCGGAUGGAGAGCUUUCUCCAAUAUGUUUUUGGCAGCGCUGCAUGCACAGCUUCAGCGCGAAGCUUCAGAUCAGGGCUCUCGCAUUGCAUUGGCAAAGGACUUGGCUCUCCGAGAGCUGUGUCCCAUUGCAGUUCUUGAAUUGCUCGAAAUGCUUGCAGUCCGAGACACUGCCAAGAUAGCCAGAUGA